AUGCCAUUAAACAAUCAUCAUCACAAUCACAACCAUAAUCAACAACAGCAACAACAACAACAACAACAUCAUUCACAUCGAAAUACAUUCAAUCCAACUAACUUACCAAUCAAUCAUCAUCAUUAUCAACAAUCCAAUCACAACCAUAACCAUCAUCACAAUCACAAUCAUCUCUUCUUUCCUUCUCAUCCUCAAUCAAUUCAACAAGCACAACAACAACAACCAUCAUCUCAAUCACUUCAUCAUCAUCAAUCUCAACUACUACAUCAACAUUCUCUUCAUCAACAUCAACAACACAUCUAUUUACUUCAACAACCUCCUCCUCCUCCCAACCUUCAUCAUCCUCAUCAACCUCCUCCUGUUCCUCAAUCACAACCUUCACAUUUACCACUUCAUCAUCAUCUUCCUCAAGCUCAUCAUCUUCAACCAACUCAAUCUCAACUACAUCAUCCACUACAUCAUCCUCAUCUCGCUCUUCAAUCUCAUCCACUUCUCCCGGUUCCUCAUCACCUUCAACUUCAUCCUGCUUAUUCUCAAUCUCAAGCAUCUCAUCCUCAAAUCCAUCCACUUCCUCUACCUCAAUCUCGUUCAGGUUCAUUCUCUUCUACUUCUUCUCAGCAACACCAUCCUCGAACUCAACCGACUCCAAACUCAAACUUACCAGUCCCUCCUCGACCUCCUCAUUCCAACAAUUAUCUAAGACAGUCUCAUGGAUCAACUGCUGGUCCUUCUCCUAGUCUACUCUCUUCAGCUACCUUCAAUUCGACUCCAAGACACAGUCUUCCGCCUCAUAACCGUCCUAACCUAGUUCCGCUUCCUAGAUCCAUUGAUCCUCGACUUGCUCGUCGUACUGGUUCUCAAUCACAAAACUCUCAACCUAGUCGUCUUUCACUUCCAUCACCUUCAUCGGUGAUUGCUCCGAUUCCUAUUCCUCCAAAACCUUCGACUAUUCAAGUUCCUACUUCACAACCUCAAUCACAACCGUCUACCUCACAGCCACCGAUCAUCACCACCACCACAGCCACUACCACUACUACAAAAGUGGUUAGACCUACUUCAGCAUCUUCAGCAGAUGAGCAAUACCAACUAGGUCUGGCCGGUCCUCAAGCAUGGGGGUAUAUGACCACAUCUAGUAUCGAACACAACAUCUGGCGUGGUUUCAGUGCUUGUAAAUGGAAGAUACCUCUAGUGAAACAGACCCAGGAGAUUCAAGAACCAUUCAAGGAAAUGGUAUCAGAAGAAAUGGACGAAGUCGAAGACCGAUCACCACCUAUUCUCGAUCAUCAAUGGCAAAUCAAAUGGGCUCGAGUCAGAUGUGAUAGUAUUGAGAAUACUAGUGAAUUCUAUCUAGAGCUCGAUCGACUUUCUCUUACCUAUGUCACUGAUUCUCGUACGCUUCAAGAGUCAUGGGUUUACGAGAUACCAGGAGACUUGGUUCCAAAGAAAAAAUCGGUUGCUAAAGAAAAAGAAAAAGAAUCGACUGAUGAAGAUUUAUCGGCUUGCGACGAUGGAUUACGUAGUACGAUUGAUAGUCUUGGAUUCCAGUACUGUAAAGUGAUCGACCAAGGAAUUCUUACAUACUCAUCUCUCUUUCCUACCAUAAGUGAAAGGAUCAAGACGACAAAUGCGAAACCAUUCAUCCCUUAUCUUUCUAGACCUGCCAAGAACAUCACCGGGAAUGAUUUCUUUGCACCUACUCAUCUAUCAGCCUAUAUAUACUUUCUAGAAGCUCUACAACGUUAUCUUUUUAGGAUCCCACUUACUUCACCUCUUUCUUCGAAUCCUUUGAAUGCGAUACCUACUCGAUGGAUUCCAUGGGGAUCAGAUCGAUUACUUUCAGUACCAGUGAUGACGGAUGAACCACUAAGACAUGCACUAGCCAUGGAUUCACCUAGAUUACUGGCAGCUAUUCUACACGCUCCUUCUUCUUUCGAAUUAACCUUGCAGGGUUCUUGUUGGCUAACACCCCUCGCAGCACUCUGUCAACCUGUCUUCUUUGCUCGUCGACUUUUACCUGUACCUACUGAAACACUUAUUCCUGAUGGGUUUCCAUUAAGCUUAGCACCUUUUCCGUGGCUUCGAGCUAGGUUUGUAAGAAUGUUUGGAAGACUUGAUCUUCAGUGUGAACCCCUAGAAAGGAAAUCGAAUCCUACUUCUAGUACUACUGCUUGGAUUUCUCAACACCGGAAACUUGCUAAACUUGAAGAAAAACGUAUUGGAAGGUUUCAAGAGGUUUGGAAACGAAAGAUGAUGAUAGGAAAGUACCAAAGUGCCAAGAAUGAAUCACCAACAAGUUGGUUAGUGUGUAGGUUAUGUGAAGAAGAAGAUGAUGAAACAGGUGAAGAAGUAGUUUGGCCAGUUUGUUUUGCUUUACUUGAUUUAGAAAGCUGGUUAGGAAGAACAGAAGAACCAUCACUUUCAGAAACAUCUUUCUCAACCAAUGAACAUGACGAAACCGAUCCAUUGACACAUCGGCUUGAACUUUCGAUUUCGAGAUUGGAAGUUGCUCAUCGGUUGCUCAGCUCGGCGGCUGGAUCGGUUCAAGGUUUGGCUGAAUCGGCUGGUGGGUAUAUUGAUUGGUUGGCUCAGGAAAGGGAAGUUCAACGUAAGGCUGUGGCUGCGGCUGCUAAGGGGAAAGAGAAGGAGAAUGAGGAAGGUGUGGGUGGGCGAUGUGAGGGGGUGCUUCGAUCUAAGUCUGGAUUCGGUCCUCUUUUAAAAUUAAACUCAAAUACAAAUGCGAAUUCAAAUUCACAUUCAAAUGCGAAUGCAAAUGCGAAUGCAAAUACGAGUGCGAAUGCGAAUGCGGAUGCAAAUGCGAAUGCGAAUACAAAUAUAGGUGGUAUCUUAAAUCACCCUGGUCCCUUGGACAUCAAUCCUCAGCAAUCUUCCUUCACUUCACCUCCGGCAGAUCCACCUUCGACGCGACCCGUGAAACGAAGGCAUGAAGAUCUCGAAGAAGAAGCAUUGAUCAGUAACGACACCAAUCUCACUGGUCCGGAAGAAAUGGAAUGGUGCGAUAAUCUACCUUCUGAGCGAGUUUUGGUCGAGCCUUUUGAUCGUCUUUCGAGCUCUUUACCGGUUUCUUUGGGGGUUGAUGGUCUAUUGGAAGGCAAUGGGGUUCUUUCGUCACCUUCGCCUGUUGCGCUCAAUACCAAUCUUUUCGCCACAGGCUCGAUCACCACUGUUUCGUCGGGUUUACCCACUUCUGAUGAUCAGACUCUGUUAUCAACUGGUCUUGUUGGCUCUUCAUCUUCACAGCUCAACACUGAUAUCAUGCUCACCUCUCAGCAUCCGUCAUCAUCCAUGGAACCUGCAACAAUGAUGCCACGAAGACCGAUGGUCGACCCACCAGGCUACGAGUCAGUUUGUUUUGGACCAGCCCAUUCAGUAAAUGAUGUUCAGUAUCAAGAUCGUAAAGGGAAAUAUGCAUUACCACCUUCACCAUGUUCGUUUGGAGUGGGAUCUGAUGAUGAUGAUGAACUUGGUUCAUUGAGCACGCUUGGAGAGAUUGAAGAAGAACGGAGAAGGAGAUUGAUGGAGACGUCUAGACGACUUGCUCGAGAAAGUGAUCCGAGAGCAAAGUUUGUGAAAUCGAAACAUACUCAUAAUCCUUCGAAUCAUCAAAGACUUUCGGUUCAUGAACCAUCGUAUCGGAUCAGUAGAAGUUCUUUACUUGCUUUGCCUACUUGUCAUGGUCAAGGGAUAACAGACUUUCCUCCUACGCCAAGGUCUUGGGUGCCAUUGGGGUCUUCGAAUGAAAGUCUUGAUGAUUCUAGUGAAGGUGAUGAUGAGGAUGAUGAGCUGCUUGGUAUGGUUGGGGAAGGAGUUGAUGGUGGUCAACCUGGUUCGUCUGAUUCUGAUUCUUCUUCGGAUAAUGAAGAUGUUGAAGGAAAACAGAGUGGGGUUCGAAUGGGAUCUAAAGAAGAUAAAGAAACGAUUAUAUCGAAUAUCUUGAAACUUGAAGCAUCAUUAAAGAAAGUCUUGGAAUUCAAUUUACAUCAAUACAAGAAUCCUAUGAAUAAAGUUGAUCAAACGAAAAAGAAAAAGAAGAAGAAGAAAGAAGAUAGGAUUUCAUCGAGGACGAGGGAUCGGUUGAGGAAUUGGGCAAGUGAACUUGGAUCACAAGUGAUCUAUGAUCCAGGAUUAGAGAGUUUGAUCGAAAGACUUUUACCAAGGAAGGAGUCACUGAAAAGUAGAUGGAUGAACCGAACUGCUAAACCUGAGAAAAGUUUAUCAGAAGGAGAGAUACCAAGGAUCGAAAGGAUUGAGUAUCAUAUACCUAGAAUUGAUGAUUUAAAACUUGGAUCUCAUGAAGAAGAAGAGGAUGGAGGAGGAGGAGGAUCGAACUGGAAAACUUUGAGAGCUACUAUGGUGCUCGUUAAGACUAAUCUAGGACAACAGAAGUUGGGAUUCCCUUUGAGUGAAUUGAAGGAUUGGAGUAAGUUUGGACUCGAACCUGUGAGUGGGAAAAGAGAUGUUUGUGUUUCGGUGGUUUUGCCUAGGGGGAAAGGGUCUGAUAGAGGAAGAAGAAGAAGAGAAAGAGGGAGAGAUGCGGAUGGAAGAGAAAGAGAUGAGGAAGGAAGAGAAGAUGAGGAGGAAGAGGAGGAAGAGGAAGAAGAAGAAGAAGAAAUUAGAGUGAUGAAACGUUGGCUUGAAAAGUUUUCAUUUGCUUAUAAUGCUGGUAAAUUUGGACAAAUGACGAUUGGAAAAGUUCAUCGUAGUGAAUAUUCAUCAACUGAAUUAUCCAAAGAAAUCGAAGAGAUGAUUGAAAGUUUAGAUCGAGUGAAAUCGACUCGACAUGCAUGUUUGAUAGUGAUUGAUAAAGUAGAAGAUUUCAGAGGGAUGAUGAUUGGAAUCCGACAAAUCAAAGGACCCGAUUGUAGACCAGUGACAAGAUUAAUGAUUGAUCGUCAAGAGUUUCAAGAUGAAGAGUUUUCAAAAAUGAUUAAGUAUUCAUUAAGGUUAUAUGAUUCGAUGAAGAUCUUAGUAGAUAGGUUUAGAUCUCCUGGUAUAAGUUUUGAAACUGGAACUGAAACUUCUCCAAAUGCAUCUCAAAUCCAAAGUUCACCAUCUUCUAGUCUAUUGAUGAGAAGUCGAUCAGAAUCAAGUUGUAGUAGUGAUUCAUCUAUCUCUACCAUCGAAAGUGGUGUAGAUCAAUUUAAAAUCUUACCUAAACCUAUCAAACGAUUGUCUUUUGGGUUUGCUUAUUAUUUGAAUGGGUUUAUUAAACCUUUACAGUUGAACUUGAGAUGGCCAGCUAAUGGGAUCGAUGUGAAUUCUAGACAUAGGUUUUUACAUUUGAGUUAUAAACUUUUAAAGAGUGAUGAAGAUCAAAAGGAAAUGGUCAUAGUUUCUUUACAAGAUGAGUUAGGACAAGAGUUUGAGAUUCGAUUGAAGUUUAUGGAACAUCGGUAUCGUAGAGAGAUUAGAAGACGUCAAAAGGAAUCGAAUGAGAAGUCGAAGGAAAUUGGAUUGGAUCAAAAGGAUAGGUUGGAUCUGAUUGUUAAAGUCGUUUGGAAUGAGGUUGGAAAGGUUUUGGUUAGGUCUAGUGUUGAGUGGAGGGUAGUGAUUGGGAAGAUUGGAGUUAUGGAACCUAAUGAAUACAAAGCAUGGUGUGAAUUGUUAUCACGUAAAUUACCUAAAUCAGAUUUAGCAUUUCAUGUAACUUUAUCAUCUAUUAGGUUAGAUGGAUUACCAUUGAUUAGAAGAAGAAAUCUUAGAUCUGAGAUUGGAUUUCAAACUGAUUUGAAGGAGAAAGUUAUGAUAGAUUCAGAGGAAGGAGAAGAAUUAGAAAUCGUAGGAAAUGAAAAAGGAGGGAUUGAAGACAAAAGUAAUGGGAUCGAAAGAGUUUAUGAUAAAGAAUCUGAAGGAAGUUAUUGGAUUAUCAACGAAUCUACUAUCCGAACUCAUUCGAUCAAUCUCAAUUACCAAUCAUCAGAAGAAGAAGGAUCAAUGAAUGAAAGAAUAGUGAAAAGUUUGUGUACAAGUAUGAUUUAUUUUGAAAAAGGAGAAAGGUUUAAUGGGAUUCGAAUUGAAGUUUUAGGAACAGCUGCAAGCUUUCAUUCGGUUUAUAGUUUUAACCUUUUUCAACAUCGUGAAGAGAUGAAUCAUUCAUUGAUUCAGUUAUCUAAACUUAGGAUUUCUAGAUCUUUAGUUUUUAGGAAUGGGGCAAAGGAUCAAGCUGUGCCUGCUCAUUUGUUUGUCAUUGGGUUUUUGGAUAGGGUUUUGGGUGAGUAUUGGGGACGGAUUAGGAGCUUGGCUGAGGAUGGGGAUGUUGAGGUUGAUGAGGAUGAGGAUUGA